AUGAAUGGGGAGAACGAGCCGCUGCAACGUUUCGCCGACGCCAAGAAAGUGUUAGGCGAAAUUUACAACGAUUUGACGAGAUAUGUCGACGAGACGGAGGGAUUUUAUGAUGAACUCGACAAGAAUCAACCUUCGAUUGUGGCCGCUGAAUCGCGAGAUGAGGUCCAAGAGAUUCGAGCUUCGAUCAAGACCAUCAUGGAGACAUUCCAGCGCGACAACAUGAAGGUCGUCUUUUUCGGGAGGACCUCGAAUGGCAAAUCUACAACCAUCAACGCGAUGCUCCACCAAAAGAUAUUGCCCCAGGGCAUGGGCCAUACUACUUGCUGCUUUCUUCAGGUCCAAGGCACGACCGAUGAACAGGGAUUCCUGCUCUCCGAAGGCACCUCGACCCCGAUUCCGAUGUCACAGCUGGGAAAGAUCGGUGACGCGUGUUCGGCCGACAAUGCCGAUCUGCCGGCGAUGGGGCAGGAUUCGUUGCUCAAAAUCAUGCACCCGAAGAAGGACAAUCGUCUGCUACAAAAUGAUGUUGUGAUAUUGGAUAGCCCCGGUGUCGACCUCUCCCCCGAAUUCGACUCGUGGAUUGACAAGCACUGCCUCGACGCCGACGUCUUCGUGCUCGUCUGCAACGCCGAGGCCACUCUGACCCAGGCUGAAAAAUCGUUCUUCCAUCGCGUCAGCAAGCGCCUCUCGAAACCGAACGUCUUCAUCUUGAAUAAUCGCUGGGAUGCCAGCGCUGCGGAGCAGGACAGCGUUGAUCAGGUCCGAACACAGCACCUCACCCGCUUCAAGCAGUUCUUGGUCGAUGAAUUACAAGUUUGCGCGACGAGCGAUGUCCCGAACCGUGUCUUUUUCGUCAGUUCCCGCGAAGUGCUGGACGCCAGGCUGAAGGCCCGUGGUGUCAUCCAGAAAGCCUUCGAGAUGGAGGGCUUCCAGAAGCGCGCCUACGAAUUCGCGCAGUUUGAGCGCCAGUUCGAGCAGUGCAUCUCAAAAUCGGCAAUUCGGAGCAAAUUUGAGGCACAUUCUCGGCGCGCCAACGAGUUGGUGCACAGAGUGCGUGACAAUGUCGAUCAUGUCUUUACAAGCGCCAACGACAAAAAGGAGCUGAUGCAAAACGAGUUGAAAGAAAGCACGAACGAGUUCAACGCUUGCCGCGAGAAUUUUGCCGCAUUUGAGAAGGCCUAUCGGGAGCAGUCGGAAAUGCUGCGGGCUGAGGUCCAUUUGAAGGUUUCGGCAGAUUUCCACGAAGAAAUCCAACGACUUUCUGCGAUCAUAGACAAGUUCAAUCGACCGUUCCUGGACUCGCCUAAAGACAUUAAUGCCUACAAAACGGAGCUGGCGCUUUUUGUUGAUUCGAUGAUUUCCCAAGAGCUAGAAGCGAGGUGCACCGGCGGGCUGAUGAGCCGCAUUUGGUCGCUGGAGAAUGAGAUGUUUGUCUACGUCAAGAAGAUUCUGGCCGAAGCGUACCAGCCAAAGCUCGAAGAGGUGUGGCGUUACCGUGCCCCGUUCAAGUUCUCGAUUUGCGUCGACGUCCCAUCGCUCACCAACGAUUUCCACGAGGAUUUGGAGUUCCGAUUCUCGUUCGGUCUAUCUGCAAUCAUCCGAAAAGUCAUCGCGUAUCGUAGCGGUCAGCCCGUGACGGCCAUUCAAAACAACCUGCUGGCCACCGCAUUGUCCUCAAAGACCUCCAAUGGAACGUCGACCCCAGCAACCCCGAUCCAGCAGAGGGAGGAUAAGAAGGCUGCCGAAUCCGAGGAACAGCAGAUGAUGACCAACAUUGUGCUCUCUUCAGCCGCCUACGUCGCGAAUGGCGGAAUUGGGGUGGCUAUCGUUGGCGGACUGCUCUAUAGGGCGGUCGGCUGGAAGGUGAUCCUCGGGGCUGGAGCGGCUUACGGUGGUCUCUACGCCUUUGAGCGCUUCCGCUGGAACAACUCGAAGAAGGAGCAACACUUGAAGGACCAGUACCGUUCCCACCUUGAUGCGCGAAUGCGGCAAGUCGCCGCUGCGCACACCAACCAUUGCGAGACCCAAGUCAUCCGUGAAAUGGAGCAAGUGUACGAUGGGCUCCGCGCUACGGUGGCCGGCGUGCAUCGCGAGAUGAAGGGCGACCUCGAGUCGGCCCAGUCGAAGAUCAACGUGCUCGACCAUCAGCUCAAGGGGCUUUCUGCCAUCAAGGGCAAAACGACGUUCGUGCUCAGCGGCCUCGAGCAGUUCUCCACCAACUUCUUCCACCCGGACUCGCCGACCCAA